CCGGCCUGCCUGUGAUGUGGGGGCACCACCCAUCUGUUUCCCCUCGGCAAGAGACACGCUUUCGCUCCCAAACUCUCCAAAGUUCUCCUUGUUGGACAUCGUUUGGUAAAAAUGAGGCACCCACUGGUGAUCGUGCUUUGCGUGGGGACACUGUUCUCCACGCCGGAGGCCGCGCCGAUGGAGAAACUAGCAGAUAAGAAGACGUGCGGCGAUGAAGAAUGCUCAUAUGUUCUCUCCAUGGCCACGGCUUUGGAGGACUUCAUAGCUCCAGACUGCAGAUUCAUCAACAUCAAGAAGGAGCAGAAGGUGUACGUGUAUUCUAAGCUCCUACCAGAGGAGGGCGCUGGAGUCUUCUGGUCUGGCAGUGUGUACAGCGAGCGCUACGUGGACCGGAUGGGCAUCAUCGGGUACUUCCCUGCCACCCUGGUGAAGGAGACGCUGAGGUUCAGAGACGACACGGUUGAGCUUCCAACAACAAGCUUGGAUUUCUCCUGCACUUAAGUUGGACGUGGUGGGGCACACCCUGGACCGGGGGCCAGCCGAGGACCAGUAUUGACCCUUUAGUUUCUUCAAAAACACAUUCAGUGCUGAUAUGACAUUUCUUAGAUUCCAAUGUUUACCAUAUGCCAAAUGGUCCCCGGGCCGCACUUUGGACACCCCUGAUGUGGAUGAGAUGAUGGAUAGAACAGCCUUGUCAGUCUCCUGUGGCGAUGGCCACAAUAGAUGGCCUGGGGGCCACGCCCGCCUCCCCGCAGUUUGUCAUCUGACCCCCCCCCCCACCCAAAAACCCUAGACCAGUCUCAAAUGUCGGCGCGACCAAGACUCAUCGAUUUCUGCUGUUUUGCCUCAAGGUGACAACGCCAACUCUUUAAACUCGUUUAUCCAAUUAGCUCGCUCACACAUCAGCCCCCCCGCAUCGCCCCCCCCUCCCUGGGAUCAAUAUGCCUGAUGACAUUUCCACCAAAACGUCAUUAGUCAAGCUAAUAUGCUCUUUUUCCAUCACAAGCAAAGCGGCACACAAUCAAGCACACAGAUAGCUGGAGCUUCAGGCGGUCGCCAUGGUGACAGUCCAAGAUGGAGGCGCGUGCGUGCGUCAAGGAGCAGCUGCCAAAAGCAGACGCAUGACGCAAAAGUACACCGCAUGCUUUUGACCAGUUUUUCCAAAGCGAGGCACCCUGCCGAGCUGCUGAUGGCGACUCACGGGAAACGGCCCCAGCUGUCUGACGCCUGUCAAUCAUCACCAGAAAAACAUGUACUACACUACUAUUCGUAGUAUUGCAAUAUAGGCCACUUUACUAAUCGUAGAGUAUUUCAAUAUCUAGGCCACUUUUACUUCCCCCUCCACAUUUGAAACAACAAAUAUUGCAAUAAAAAAACAC